AUGUCGCCCUACAAAAUCCAGAAAUCAAAUCAGAUUCAAUUCUUUACCUACACGAACCUGGCCCAAGUGCUGAAUCUCACGCUAGUAAUACCCUCAAGUGUCGUCGGUGAGGAGGUCGAGUCUUUUCUAUUUCAUUCAUGCGGGAUCAUUCGUCACAAAAAUCACGAGGGACAAUCAUCGAACAAGGAGGUUGAAGAUGGAGAAAAGGAGUACAACGUGACCGCUCUGAAAAUGUUAUUUCCCAGAGUACGGUUUGUGACGCAGCACGAAUUAAAAUUGUGGAUGAAGUCAAGGACUCGAAAACCAAGCAUCGUUCACGAGUUCAUCUCCAUUGGCGGUAGAAAGACGCAAAGUGUUGAGGUGUUAAGCAACAAUCAUCAAGACUUUGUUGCUCACGAGUGGUCGAAGAAACUUGAUCUUCACUUGUUUGACAAUGACAGCAUGAAAGAUCACAAUUAUAAGAAAGGGGUAAUAUUCAAGAAAAUAAGUUUAGGAUCGAAGAGCUUUUUGUCGAAAAAAUCAGUGAAACUGGUGGCACAAUUCCUGUUAGACGAAUUAAAAAAUAGCGAUGCUGAUAUAUUAUUGUUGGCUCAUGACUUGACGUUUAAGAAGUUUUCCAAGUCCUUUUCGAUAAUUGAAAAUUCGAAUGAAUAUCUAUCGGUGGAAAAGAUAGGCGGGAUAUGUAAUAAAAUGAAUUAA